AUGCAAGAGAGAAGGGCUUAUGUUUUGUCUGGAUUGAGCUUGCAUUCAUGGCAGAGAGCAACUGCACGAGGCGAUUCAAGGGAUAGUAAGAGCCUGCUGCAACCAUACCAGACCCAUCCAUGGUCGACAUGUUCAAUUUUUUUCCCGAAACAAGCGAAAACAUCCAUACAUAUCUAUCGGGAACACACGAAGACGGUCCUCUCUUCUCAUUUUCUCCGUCUAUCGAGCAAUCGCCGGGUAAAUUUUGAAUUCUACUUGGUGAGGUGUAAAUUUACUUCUGCAAAAGUGGUGGAUGCAUUAGUGUUGCUCAUGAAAUUGGUUUCUGCCUAG